AUGGUGUCUUCCUCAGUAAUUUAUGCGGCGGUUCCUAUUUCUCUUGCCGUGGCUUUGGGCUUAAUACGGCAUUGGAGGUCACGGAAUUGGGCUAAAUGCUUAAGCAAUUCCUGUUUGAAGGGAAAAACCUACUUGAUAACGGGUGCAAACAGUGGUAUUGGUCUCGAAACGGCCAGAGCUUUAGUUAAACGAAAAGCUCGCGUUAUAUUUGCUUGCCGUGAUCUAGCGAAAGCCAAGGAAGUAGCUGUUGCUAUGCGAGAAGAAGAAAAGUGUGGAGAACUUGUUCCAAUGUAUCUAGACCUUGCAUCACUUGAAUCAAUAGAGAAGUUUGUAGAGGUUGUUAAAGUUGGUUUCUAUAAAAUUGAUUGCCUCAUAAAUAAUGCUGGUGUGGUGGUGCCAUUGGCGAAGGAUGAGAAAACCAAAGAUGGCUUUGAAAUACAUUUAGGGGUUAAUCAUUUAGGCCACUUUUAUCUCACUAACCUAUUGAUUGAUCUGUUGAAAAAGGCUUCUCCAAGUAGGGUGGUUAUGGUAUCGUCAACUCUUCACGAACACGGUAAAUUGAACUUUAAUGAUCUAAAUUUAAGAGCUGAAAUUGAAGCAGCUAAGAAAGGGAAAAAGGAUCGUCAUAAUCCCGGUUACUGCAAUUCAAAGUUGAUGAAUAUGUACUUUGCUAAAUCCCUAGCAGCAAAAUUACAAGAUAAUUGUGUCGAUGUAAAUGCAUGCUGCCCUGGGUUCUGUUAUACAAACCUGUUCAGAAACUUCGUGAAAUGGUAUCACUAUAUUCUACUUGCUCCGAUGGCUCUCCUCUUCAUGAGAUCAGCGAAACAGGGUUCAGAGACUGUGGUGUUCUGUGCAACAGACUACGGCAUCGAAGGACAGACUGGUAAAUUCUACCGCGACUGCGCAGAGUACACCUCGAAAUAUAAUUUCACGAAGGAGGAAGAAGAAAAACUGUGGGAGGUCAGCGAGGCAAUGAUCAAAGCGCGGAAGCCGCUUCAAAAUUAA